GUUUGUUCCACCUCAUGCGGCAACAAGGCAAGCCGAUCUUACCGCACCGACUGCCGCCUCGGGUUAAGAUGCGCGUUGUAAUGUAUGGGGUAUCUCGCUUGGGUGCCGAUCGGCGUGCGCACGGUGCCGUGCGCCCCGUGACGCUGGCGCGGCCACCUCCCGCUCAAUGUCCGCUGGGCGUUUAUGCGAUUGCGCCGCCAGCGGCUACUCGGCAGGGCAUCGGUGAGAGAGAGAGAGGGCGGUGGGCGUUUCGAGAAACACUCUUCUGGGAGCGAGCGUCAGAAGCGUUCUUACGGACGGUUCGUGGUUUGCGUGCUGCCCCUGUUGAUCCUUGCUGUUACCAGAUUUGGACUUGGAUGCCUAGUUUCUAAAACGAGACGGUCGAGGGUUCUGUGCCCCUCGUCGCGGAUGCCGCCGGCAGCCUUGUCUUGCAGCUGUUUGCUUAGGAACGUCUUUUGCCUUCUCCAGCUCCAUUGUCGCCACCGUAUCUCUCAACCACGCCACCAUAACCGUUGCUGUUAUUCACCGACUGUCCACAUGCUCUUGGCCGCAUGUUCACCUCCGUCCGUACAUGCGUCCGCGUCCGGUUCCGCCAAGGCACAUACCCGCAGCGAGGCCCCGCAAAGUCGCGGAGGCUCAGGUGACGAUGCGCGACAGCGUGGCGGGCGGCUUGUGAUGUGGGUCUGCGCGCGUGCUUGACGGGAUGACGCGAGCGGGCGAGGCCGGAAGCCAUCAAGUGCGCUGGCAUGGGGUUCUAGAAUGCGACUGGCGGGAAUUGCGUGUGCGCAAGAUUAGAGCAUUGCGUUA